GAAAAUGGCAACCUGUGCAUGUCUCAUUCCACAAGAAGAUGACUAACCAUCAUGAUGCCUAAGAAUCAAGUGAGUGUGACUUCUCCAAGUACCUCAUAGUGUUCUCCUCUGUUUCCUCCACACCGCUGCUCUACACGGCUGCUGAGACAUGGCAGAAAAUGAAGAUGAGAAGCAGACCCAGGCUGGGCAGAUUUUUCAGAACUUUGUCCAGGCUUCCACGUGCAAAGGCACUCUCCAGGCCUUCAACAUCCUCACACGACACCUGGACCUAGAUCCUCUGGACCACAGGAACUUCUAUUGUAAGCUCAAGUCCAAGGUGACCACCUGGAAGGCCAAAGCCCUAUGGCACAAAUUGGACAAGCGUGGGUCUCAUAAAGAAUAUAAGCGAGGAAAGUCAUGUAUGAACACCAAGUGUCUCAUCGUUGGGGGAGGACCAUGUGGCUUGCGCACUGCCAUUGAACUUGCCUACCUAGGGGCCAAAGUGGUCGUGGUGGAGAAGAGGGACACCUUCUCCCGGAAUAACGUGCUGCACCUCUGGCCAUUCACCAUUCAUGAUCUGCGGGGCCUCGGAGCCAAGAAGUUCUAUGGGAAGUUCUGUGCCGGCUCCAUUGACCACAUUAGUAUUCGUCAGCUUCAGCUCAUCUUAUUCAAGGUGGCCUUGAUGCUGGGAGUUGAAAUUCAUGUGAAUGUGGAAUUUGUGAAAGUUCUAGAACCUCCUGAAGAUCAAGAAAAUCAAAAAAUUGGCUGGCGGGCAGAAUUUCUCCCUGCAGACCACUCUCUGUCGGAGUUUGAAUUUGACGUCAUCAUUGGCGCUGAUGGCCGCAGGAACACUCUGGAAGGGUUCAGAAGAAAAGAAUUCCGUGGGAAGCUGGCUAUUGCAAUCACUGCCAACUUCAUAAACAGAAACAGCACAGCUGAGGCCAAGGUGGAAGAGAUUAGCGGUGUGGCUUUCAUCUUCAAUCAGAAAUUCUUUCAGGACCUCAAAGAAGAAACAGGGAUUGAUCUUGAGAACAUUGUUUACUACAAGGACUGCACCCACUAUUUUGUCAUGACAGCUAAGAAGCAGAGCCUGCUUGACAAGGGCGUCAUCAUUAAUGACUACAUUGACACUGAGAUGCUACUGUGUACGGAGAAUGUGAACCAGGAUAACCUGCUCGCCUAUGCCCGAGAAGCUGCAGACUUUGCCACCAAUUACCAGCUGCCAUCUUUAGACUUUGCCAUGAACCACUACGGGCAGCCUGAUGUGGCCAUGUUUGACUUCACCUCCAUGUAUGCCUCAGAGAAUGCAGCCCUGGUGCGCGAGCGGCAGGCACAUCAGCUUCUUGUGGCCCUUGUGGGCGACAGCUUACUAGAGCCCUUUUGGCCCAUGGGCACAGGCUGUGCUCGUGGCUUCCUGGCAGCCUUUGACACGGCAUGGAUGGUGAAGAGCUGGGACCAGGGAACUCCUCCCCUGGAGCUGCUGGCUGAAAGAGAAAGUCUUUACCGGCUGUUACCUCAAACCACCCCGGAGAACAUCAACAAGAACUUUGAACAGUACACGUUGGACCCAGGGACGCGGUACCCAAACCUCAACUCACACUGUGUCAGGCCCCAUCAGGUGAAGCACUUGUACAUCACUAAGGAGCUCUGCUACCCUCUUGAAAGGCUGGGCUCAGUGAGAAGAUCCGUUAACCUCUCCAGACGGGAGUCAGACAUCCGGCCCAGCAAGCUCUUAACCUGGUGCCAGCAGCAGACUGAGGGCUACCAGCACGUCAACAUCACUGACCUGACCACAUCCUGGCGCAGCGGCCUGGCCCUUUGUGCCAUCAUCCACCGCUUCCGGCCUGAGCUUAUCAACUUUGACUCUUUGAAUGAAGAUGAUGCUGUAAGGAACAACCAGCUGGCAUUCGAUGUGGCUGAGCGUGAAUUUGGGAUCCCCCCCGUGACCACUGGCAAAGAGAUGGCGUCAGGUCAGGAGCCUGACAAGCUCAGCAUAGUCAUGUACCUCUCCAAGUUCUACGAGCUCUUCCGGGGCACCCCGCUGAGGACUGUGGAUUCUUGGGGCAAAUACUAUGGAGAAAAUACUGACCUCAGCUUGGCCAAAUCAUCCAUUUCUAAUAAUUAUCUCAAUCUCACGUUGCCAAGGAAGAGGACUCCACGAGUGGAUGGCCAAACUGAAGAGAAUGACAUGAACAAACGGAGGCGGAAAGGCUUCAACAAUCUGGAUGAGCCGUCAAAUUUUUCCAGCCGAAGCCUGGGCUCCAAUCAAGUGUGUGGCAGCAUUAAAGAAGGUGGAAAUCAGAACAAAGUUAAAUCCAUUGCAAAUCAGCUACUGGCCAAGUUUGAGGAGAGCACUCUGAAUCCUUCACUCCUGAAGCAGGAACGCAGUAUCUCAGGGAUAGGUAAGCCUGCCCUGUGCUCUUCCUCUGCCUCUCCUGUUAACCCUCGCUGCCCCAAGCCGAAGGACCCCACACCCAGCCCAUCACUUCCUCUGAAAAGGCAGCUUCCAUCGGUGGCUAUGCCUGGGCACAUGCACAGAGAGCUAAAGCAAAUGUCUGCUGGUGGCGAGUGCUCAAGCAGGCCCUGGAGAGCCAGGGCCAAGUCGGACCUGCAGCUGGGUGGGCCCGAAAGUCCAGCUGUCUGCCCUCCUACCUGUCAGGGAGCGCUGGCCCUCUCCGGGGUGCUGCGGCGCCUGCAAGAAGUGGAGGAGAAGAUUCUCCAGAAGAGGGCUCAGAACUUGGCCAACAGGGAAUUUCAUCAAAAGAAUAUUAAGGAGAAGGCGGCUCAACUUGCUUCCAUGUUUGGACAAGGGGACUUCCCGCAGAGUAAACUACUCUCUAAAGGCCUGUCUCCUACUCAUCCUCCGUCUCCUCCCUCUUGCCUUCCAUCUCCUGAUCCAGCUGCUACUUCCUCUCCAUCAACUAUUGACUCUGCUUCUCCUGCCAGAAAGCUGACAGUAGGGAAGGUGUCCAGUGGAAUAGGGGCUGCAGCUGAAGUCCUGGUCAAUCUGUACAUGAAUGAUCACAGACCUAAGACCCAGGCCGCCUCUCCAGACCUGGAUUGUAUACGAAAGGUGUGCCCCCUGACCCUGGGCGGCAGCGACACCUGCUACUUCUGUAAGAAGCGUGUGUAUGUGAUGGAGCGCCUGAGUGCAGAAGGCCACUUCUUCCACCGCGAGUGCUUCCGCUGCAGCGUCUGUGCCACCACCUUGCGUCUGGCCGCCUAUGCCUUCGACUGUGAUGAAGACAAAUUUUACUGCAAACCUCAUUUCAUUCUCUGUAAAACCAAUAAUAAACAACGAAAGAGACGGGCAGAAUUGAAGCAACAAAGAGAGGAGGAGGAGAUGUGGAAAGAACAGGAAGCCCCUCUUCGAGAAACUGCCACCGAAAGUUCUUGUGCAGCUGUAGCCAUUGGCACCCCCGAAGGCAGCCCCCCAGUUCAUUUCAGCCUUCCAGUUCUACACCCACUUUUUGGCUGACACACUUCUGCUCCGAGAAUCUCCUUCCCUUUAUAGAAUGUCAACCAAAGAGUGUCCUCCUUCCCUCUCAGCCUCUUCUUUAACUAGCCUCCCCCAUCUCAUUGCAACGCAUGUGUGUGACCUUUGGUUAUCAUUUACAGUGCCACAUGGAACCCUGUAUUUUGCACACAGCAAACAAUGUGUAGCUUUAUUUAUGGUAUUUGAUGCUGUAAAUGAAAAUAAAUAUGUUCUUUAUAAAGCUCA